CGCCCUCUCUCCCUCCCUUCUUCCCUCGCAGCCGAGGAGGCAGCAAUUACGCUUUGGGGAUAAAACGAGGCGCGGAGAGCGGGCUGGGGCAUUUCUCCCUGAGAUGGCGGGUCCGACAGCUGCAGCCCUGCGGCCCGGAGUCCUCCUGCUCCUGCUGUCCGUCAUCCACCCCUCGCAGCCUGGAGGGGUCCCGGGGGCUAUUCCUGGAGCCAUCCCUGGAGCCGUCCCUGGAGCCAUCCCUGGAGCCAUCCCUGGAGUCGUCCCUGGAGCCAUCCCUGGAGCCAUCCCUGGAGUCGUCCCCGGAGGCAUUCCCGGAGUUCCUGGAGCCAUUCCUGGAGGGGUUCCUGGAGGAGCCUAUUACCCAGGGCUGGGGCCUGGAGCCAAACCACCUAAGCCAGGGGCUGGACUCCUUGGGGCAUUUGGGCCAGGUGUUGGAGGAGUUGCAGGAGCUGUCCCUGGGGCAGGGCUUGGGGCCUUUCCUGCAGGCGCCUACCCGGGGGCUCUGGUGCCCGGCGGAGCGGCUGGUGCUGCUGCAGCCUAUAAAGCUGCUGCCAAGGCUGGUGCUGGGCUUGGUGGCGUCGGCGGUGUUGGCGUUGGAGGUCUCUUAAAUGGCUUAGGAGUGUCUACAGGUGGAGUGGUGGCUCAGCCUGGAGCAGGAGUCGGAGCUGGAAUAAAGCCUGGGAAAGUGCCGGGUGUGGGGCUACCAGGUGUAUUCCCAGGUGGAGUGCUCCCGGGCGCAGGAGGUCGGUUCCCAGGUGUGGGGGUGCUUCCUGGGGUUCCCACCGGAACUGGAGUCAAGCCCAAGGCCCCAGGUGGAGCCGGAGCUUUUGCCGGAAUCCCAGGAGUUGGACCGUUUGGGGGCCAGCAGCCUGGCGUUCCACUGGGAUACCCCAUCAAGGCACCCAAGCUGCCAGGUGGCUACGGACUACCCUACAGCACUGGGAAACUGCCCUAUGGCUAUGGGCCUGGAGGAGCUGCUGGUGCAGCGGCCAAGGCCGGGUACCCAACAGGGACAGGGGUUGGCCCCCAGGCUGCAGCAGCGGCAGCAGCUAAAGCAGCAAAAUACGCAGGUGCUGGAGGAGCCGGAGUUCUCCCUGGGAUUGGAGGGGCUGGUGCAAUUCCUGGGAUUGGAGGAGUUGGCGCAAUUCCUGGGAUUGGAGGCAUUGCAGGGGCUGGGAUUCCAGCUGCUGCUGCAGCUGCUAAGGCAGCUAAAUAUGGAGCUGCUGGAGGCUUAGUGCCUGGUGUCCCAGGAGUUGGAGUCCCAGGUGUUGGAGUCCCAGGUGUUGGAGUUCCUGGUGUUGGGGUCCCAGGUGUUGGGGUCCCAGGUGUUGGAGUCCCAGGUGUUGGAGUCCCUGGUGUUGGAGUCCCUGGUGUUGGAGUCCCUGGUGUUGGAGUUCCUGGUGUUGGGGUCCCAGGUGUUGGGGUCCCAGGUGUUGGAGUUCCAGGGGCUGUGUCACCAGCUGCAGCUGCUAAAGCAGCCUCCAAAGCAGCAAAAUAUGGUCUUGGAGCUGUCCCUGGAGCUAUUCCUGGAGCCAUCCCUGGAGCUAUUCCUGGAGCCAUCCCUGGAGCCGUCCCUGGAGUUGUCCCUGGAGCCAUCCCUGGAGCCAUCCCUGGAGCCGUCCCUGGAGCCAUCCCUGGAGCCAUCCCUGGGGUUGUCCCUGGAGCCAUCCCUGGAGCUGUCCCUGGCAUUUCCCCUGCGGCCGGGGCAGCAGCCGCUAAGGCAGCCAAGUUUGGUGCUGGAGGAGCAGGAGCCGUGGGAGGGCUGGUGCCAGGUGUCGGAGGUUUAGUACCAGGUGUACCAGGUGUGCCAGGUGUCGGAGGCGUGCCAGGUGUUGGGACCCCAGCAGCUGCAGCCGCUGCAGCAGCCGCUAAAGCUGCGCAAUAUGGGUUAGGCCCUGGCGCUGGCGUGGUUCCUGGCGUUGGCGUUGGCCCUGGUGCUGGUGUGGUUCCUGGCAUUGGCAUUGGUCCUGGUGGUGUUGCAGGAGCAGGGGUGCCAGGUGCAGCCAAAUCUGCUGCUAAAGUGGCCGCCAAAGCCCAGCUCCGGGCUGCAGCUGGCCUUCCUGCUGGUGUUCCCGGAUUUGUGCCUGGUGCUGGCGUUCCCGGAUUUGUGCCUGGCGCUGGAGUUCCCGGAUUUGGGCCUGGCGCUGGUGUUCCUGGCUUUGGGGCAGUACCUGGAUCUCUGGCUGCCGCUAAAGCAGCCAAAUAUGGAGCAGGCGUGCCUGGGGCGCUUGGGGUGCCUGGGGCACUGGGAGUGCCCGGAGCCCUCGGAGUGCCUGGGGCUCUGGGGGUACCUGGAGCCCUCGGUGGAGUAGGUGUCCCAGGUGGUGUGGCAGGAGCUGGACCUGCUGCCGUGGCUGCCGCCACAAAGGCUGCUGCCAAAGCUGCCCAAUUUGGCCUGGGGGGAGCCGCUGGGCUCGGACCUGGCGGGCUUGGAGUCGGAGGACUGGGAAUUGGAGGGCUUGGGCCUGGUGGAGUUGUCCCAGGGGUUGGGGGCCUCGGAGGUGUGUCCCCAGCUGCAGCUGCUAAAGCAGCCAAAUAUGGUGCUGCUGGCCUUGGAGGAGUCCUAGGAGCUGCCAGGGCGUUCCCAGGUGCAGGAGCAAGACCUGGCUUCGGAUUAUCCCCUAUUUUCCCAGGUGGGGCCUGCCUUGGGAAAUCCUGUGGCCGGAAGAGAAAGUGAGCUUCCCAGAACCCCUGACUCACGACCUCAUCAACGUUGGUGCUACUGCUUGGUGGAGAAUGUAAACCCUUGUGACCCACCCCCCACGCCCCCUCCUAAGUCCCCACCUCUGGAGGGGACAGGGCUGGCCGGGCGGACUUGGAAAUCCACAGGACAAGGAAACAAGAGAACGGUGGCCAAGUGGGCCCCGGGAAGCCCCCUACUUCAGAGGCAAGGGGUGGGUGGGCUCGGCCCCCUGCCCCCACCCCCUUCCCACCAAGGUGCUCCCUCUACACACUCUCCAUCUCCAGGGGAACUUGGUGCUAAGUGUUGGUGCUUCAUCUUCCUGGGGGAGGGAGGAGGGAAGGGCAGCCCCCCCAGGAAGCCUCCUCCCUGGGGCUCCCCUGAAAAUGGUGCAGACACUUUGUGGGCAGUCCUACCUCCCCCUGCCCACCAGGACCCACCCCUGGCUGCGGUCCAGUUGGUACCCAAUCAUCGAAAACCUCAGGCUGCAUUCGGUCACACCAUCUCUUGGCCUCUUUAAUGCCCCUUCCCCCCCCCCCCAAUCGCUAUUCCCCAUGCCCCAGGCACCUUCAGAUCAGAAGAACCCUGAAGCAAAUAGCCCUCUUUCUCUUGUGGAAUUCAUCCGCCCAUCUGUCCAUCCAUCCAUCCAUCCUUGUCCCCACUUGACCACAGGGCACCACAAGCUGGCCGGGCACCCCACCAUCAACCUGGUUAACCUGUUGUGGCAGCCUGUGCCCUGCCUUCGCCCCAACUCCACACACCCCUACGAAGGGGCCUGGGGCGUGGGGGCUCGUGCCAGCUGGGGCACGGGACCCCCCUCCCGAGCCUGGGUUUCCCCACGCAGUACUGUAUCCCCCGACCCUCCCUCGAGCCACUGCAUUUCACAGCCCCUCCCGCCCCGCCCCGCCCCGCCCAUCUCUUUGUGUCUCGCUGUGAUAGAUCAAUAAAUAUUUUAUUUUUUGUCCUGGAUAUUUGGGGAUUAUUUUUGAUUGUUGAUGUUUUCUCUUGGUUUUACUUUUGUGGUUAAUUAAAAAAAAAUCUAUAUUUUUUCUGAUCUGGGGAGCUAUAACCCCAGAAGAAAAUUCAUUUUAAUCACUUUGGUAUAACGCUGGAUGAAACACACAUUUUUUUUUUAAUAAGAAAAGAGAAUUAACUGCUUCAAAAAAGACUAAUAAAUGAAAACAUUUUAAAGGAAA